UAAUAAUAUAUUUUCAGUCAAAUCAAGAAGCAAUAACUGUGCCACCGCCUGCAUCAGUUAUAAAUUCUGAGCCAAAACCAGCCAUUAUUAACAAUACUCCAAUAAAAGCAAACGAUGUUAUUAAACCUAAGCCAAAGAGUGUUACCAAUCUGCCUAUGCCACCUGGAAUGGACCAAACAGAGUUGGAAGCCAUAGAAUCGCCACCUAGUAGAUCCCCAACGCCGCCACCUCCUAAACCAAAAACGCCACCACUGAAUACCAGAAAAAGUAUAAAGGAUUUGCCAAUGCCACCAGUUAUACCGGGAACAGAAGAACUUAGUGGUGAUGACGACAUACCUACAACGCCUCCUAGGAACAACACUAAAGUUAUAGACAAGCCCAAACCUCUAGCGAAACCAAAACUAGUAAAACGGCCGAGAAUAUUGAAACGUCGUAAUUCGAGGAAUUUCCAAAUGAGUGGCAAAGAUUGGGGCGAAAGGUGUGUCGAUAUGUUCGAGGUCAUCGCACAAAUUGGAGAAGGUACAUACGGCCAAGUGUAUAAAGCUAAGGAUGUACGCGCCAACGAACUAGUGGCUCUAAAGAAAGUAAGACUGGAAAAUGAGAAAGAAGGCUUUCCUAUCACAGCAGUUCGGGAGAUUAAAAUCCUGAGGCAGCUAAAUCACAAAAACAUAGUUAACCUACGAGAAAUCGUCACUGAUAAACAAGAUGCGGUGGAUUUUCGAAAAGUAAGUGGCUUUUUCUGCAAGGGCUGGUGCGAGGAAUGGGUAGUGCUCUACGAAGACUCUACCCUAGCCUGGUUCGCAGACAAGAGCCUCAGUCGCCCCAGAGGAUUUGUACGGAUCAGUGAAGCACCGGAAUUGUUAGCGGUAGGCGAGUACACUAGACAAGUACCCAGGAAACCUAGGUUCCCCAGGGCUUGUCACAUAGGUCAGCUUCUGGCGGUUGGAUGCAACACGAUGCACGAUGUCUGUUGGCUGAUGGGACAGUCACCUGCAGAAAUUAAUGAUUGGAUGACAGCUAUAAGUAAUACG